AUGGCAGAGAAGUCAACGAAUGGCUCGAAUGGCUCCAAGACCAUCAGGCCUGAGAUAAAGAGAGAAGAUACUGAUAAAGAUCUCGAUGACUACUUUUGCACAGUCGGCAUUAACCAACUUCUCCUCACGGUCCUCGGUUUCGUUGUCGGUCUCGCGCUAUCAUUCCGCAGCUCUACCGCUUAUGAGCGCUACAACGAAGGGCGCAAAUACUGGGCGCAGCUCACUCUUGCAUCGCAGAAUCUCGCGCGCUUGAUCUGGAUCCACGUUGAUGAGCGACACUCCGACCCCUCGCUUGGAAAGAAAGAUUUACUGGCAAAGAUCAGCUGCUUGAAUCUCAUCUCUGCAUACGCUGUCUCGGUGAAACACAAAUUGCGGUUUGAACCAUACAUGCACUACGACGACCUGAAGCACAUGGUCGGCCAUCUGCAUACGUAUGCAAAGGCUGCUGAUGUACCGGAUCAGAGGAAGAAGCCAAAUGUCUUCAAGACAGCGGGCCAGUUCCUAGGUGUCCCCAUGGCUGAGUCGAAUCCGCGCAAACUUGUCAAGAAGUCGCGGGUUCCGCUAGGCAAUCUUCCGCUUGAGAUUCUCUCCCAUCUGUCUUCGUACAUGAAGCAUAUCUACGAUAAUGGUACGUUCAAGGUAUCCAUCUACCAGACGCAAUCUCUCAACGCUUUGACUACCAUGAACGACGUCCUCACCGGUACCGAUCGCAUCCUCAAUACUCCGCUACCAAUUGCCUACUCAAUUGCGAUCAGUCAGAUUACCUGGGUUUACAUUCUGCUUCUUCCGUUCCAGCUGUACAAGCUCCUAGGCUGGGUUACGAUACCCGCGAGUGUAUUUGCUGCAUACAUUAUCCUCGGCAUCGCACUCAUCGGACGAGAAAUCGAAAACCCAUUCGGUGACGACGUCAACGAUCUCCCACUCGACGCAUUCUGUGAGCAGAUUCGCAAGGACGUGGACAUCAUCAUGUCACAGCCAGCGCCAAAGUGGGAGGAGGUUGUGGGGAGGGAAGAAAAUGAACUGCUGUAUCCUCUUAGUCACUUGUCAAGCGCUGGAUGGGCUGACAAGAGCGUCGAUGAAAUUCGAGAGGCGCUUGCGGCGAAACCGGGAUUGCAUUUCCAUAAUAGCCAUGGGCAGCGCGGAUGA